AUGGCAGUACAGCUUCUUCUGGUUCUUGCCAUUUGUGUGGUGGCUCAAGCCCAAGUUCCCCACUUUGGCAAUGGUCUAGUGAAAGGGUACAUUGCCACACCAAUCAUUGACGAAGCGUCAGGUCUUGCAGCCAGUCGUAUUCACGAGGGGAUCCUAUACACUCACAAUGACCAUGGUGAUGGGCCAACUAUCUAUGCUAUCAACGCGAGUGAUGCUUCGCUUGUGGCAACGCUUACUAUAGGCAGUGGUGCUACUAACCACGACUGGGAGGAUGUGGCUGUGGGACCAUGUGCAAAAGGGGAACAUGUCUUCUGUAUCUACAUUGCUGAUACAGGCUUCUCCUCCGCCAACGAUGACGAGGCCAACAUCAUCUACCGCGUCCAGGAACCAGACAGUUUGACUGACCAGACACUCACCGUUAAUAGCACACUCAAAUUCGAGUGGUCAGAAGAAGAGUCACAGGCACUGAUGGUUGACCCUGAAGCUAAUGUAUACAUCGUGUCAAACGUGCUGAGUGGUCGGGGUAUGUUUGUGAAACUUCCCAAUGUGUGGGGCCAAGCAGUACCUACCCACGUGGCCAGUACAACCUUCCUUCCUAUCCGUACUACACACCACGACCCAACAGCAGCCGAUAUUUCACCAGAUGGCAAACGUCUCCUCAUUAAGGCCAAAAGGCACAUUUAUUACUGGAACGUGCCAGAUGGUGACUACUUGGCAGCCGUCACAAAGACCCCGUAUGAACUUCCAUACAUACACGAGUCAGUUGGAGAAUCCAUUUGUUGGGAUUAUACAAGUGAAUCCUACUUCACUCUUGGAGAAGGUCAUUAUAAACCGCUGUAUGAAUAUGAACCACUCUCCUUGGAUGAAAGCUUUGUUGUCGGCUAG